AUGUACACCACAGGUCCGAAAGGAUCUGCUUUGUCUGGGCUCCUAGAAAUAGCUAAUGAGCCAGCUGAUAAGCGUGCCUAUGAAGUGGAAGAUACUGCUUCUCUGCAAGGACUCACAGUAAAUCUGCAGAUGCUUUGUACUGUGUUAGAGGAGAUAAUUGGACCAGCCACCCAGGUUGUCCAUGAUUGCAACAUAGAUCUUUCUAUAGCAGUUGAUGCUUCAAGGCGCAUGCAACCAGAACCCACAGUGCUCCUGAAACAGAGAUUGCAAGCAUUCCUCCCCAGACUUUUACUCCAGAUGAAAUCAUUACCAAACACCAGCUGUAAAGCUCCAGUCAACAUUAGAUUCAAGUUCCAAGUAUUGGCACAGACCAACCAAUUAAUCUUUGACUCUGGUUUUGAAGACUAUAAUGAAGAGAUCAUCCAGAAGUUCUUAGAUGCACAGGCCACUGUGGAUACCUACCUGAAUACAGAUUUCUUGCAGGCACUUGAGGAGAAGUUCUUUAAUGUGACCUCUGCUGAAGUUAAGGUUCUGUUAGUAUUUUCAGAUGGGCUGGAUGAUUCGCUGGAAGAUCUCAGGAAAGCAUCUGACUCACUUCGCUUUAAAGGUCUUGAUGCACUCCUGUUAGUUGGCCUGGACAAUACACAGAACUUGACUGAAUUUUGGGAGAUAGAGUUUGGCAGAGGCUUUGGAUACAAUGAACCUCUGAGUGUUGGGUUUGCAGAGAUUGCAAGCAUCUUGCAGAGAAACCUUGAUACUGUUGCAGAAAGGAAAUGCUGUAAGGUUAUUUGUAAAUGCCUUGGAGAAAAUGGUGAUCGUGGUGUCCGGGGAAGUCCGGGAAGGAAGGGAAAUACGGGUUACAGAGGAUCUCCUGGCCAUCCUGGUGAGGAAGGUGGGGUUGGGGAGAGAGGCCCAGCUGGUUUCACUGGGACUCAAGGAGACAGGGGUUGUCCAGGUGCUAGAGGCCAUAAGGGGGGCAGAGGCUACAGAGGAAAUCAGGGUGAAUAUGGUGAGAGUGGAUUCGAUGGCACUGAUGGAGAGCAGGGAGAACGGGGAUUUCCUGGACCUUCUGGGGAGAAAGGCAACAGAGGAAAAUGGGGCAGAAAAGGCCCCAGAGGAGAACCAGGUGAACGAGGAGAAUCUGGUCUAAGAGGAGAUUAUGGAGAUCCUGGGGCUAACAGUAGUGUUAGUGGUCCUAAAGGUGAAAAAGGAAGCCUAGCACCACAGGGAGAUCCAGGCCCACGUGGACUCCAAGGAGAGCAGGGUGAUGCUGGCCCUGAUGGUGCAGCAGGUCGAAGAGGCCCUCCAGGUAUAAAGGGUGAGCAAGGAGAUCUGGGGGAAGCAGGUUACCCAGGAGAGACCGGUCUUCCAGGCCCACAGGGCCCAAGAGGACCACAAGGGAUCAGAGGACCUCCAGGACCACAAGGCAUGCCAGGCCCUCUGGGUAGUCUGGGGCCCCCAGGUUCACCUGGCUCUGUUGGAAAGUUAGGUGCAAGAGGAGAAAAGGGUGAACCUGGUGACCCUGGAGAGAAGGGCCCAAUCGGACCACCUGGACAGAGAGGCAUGCCCGGCGUGGAUGGCAGAGAUGCCUAUGGUCCUGAAGGAAGCAAAGGAGCAAAGGGAGAAUCUGGAUUCAUAGGAUAUCCUGGUCCAGAGGGAGAAGAUGGAGACCCAGGCAUUCCAGGAGCUGAAGGACCCAAAGGAACUAGGGGUAGAAGAGGUAAUGCUGGCACACCAGGUUCCCUGGGAGAUCCAGGAGAUCAAGGACCAUCAGGACCUAUGGGUGCCAAAGGACCAAUGGGCACCAUUUUAAUGGAACCUUGUGAACUUGUGAAUUUUACAAGACAAAACUGCCCUUGCUCAUCAGACACAUGUCCAGCUUACCCAACUGAAGUGGUGUUUGCCUUCGAUAUGUCUGAUGAUGUUACACCAGCUGCAUUUGAAAGGAUGAGAAACAUUGUCAUGUUGUUGCUGAGGACCAUAAAGAUCAGUGAAAGCAAUUGCCCAACAGGCGCUCGUGUCUCCGUUGUUUCUUUCAACACCAAUAUGCGCUAUCUCAUCCGAUUCUCAGAAUUCCAAAAAAGCAACUUGCUGCAACAAGCAGUCCAGAGAAUACCUCUGGAGAGAUCCACUGGAAAGCGAAAUAUUGGGGCAGCCAUGAGAUUUGUUGCAAGAAAUGUCUUCAAACGUGUUCGUCAGGGCAUCCUCACAAGAAAAGUAGCCCUAUUUUUUGCCAAUGGUCCAUCGCAGGAUGAUGUUGCCAUCAGCACAGCUGUGCUUGAGUUGAGUGCCUUAGAUAUCACUCCAGUGGUUAUUGCCUUCAGUGAAGUGCCAAAUGUCAGACGUGCCUUCUCAAUUGAUGACACUAGAAGAUUUCAAUUAUUUGUUUGGGAAAGACAACAGGAUGAAAGUUUGGAGGGCAUCACAUAUUGUACACUUUGCUUUGAUAAAUGCAAACCAAGAACCAACUGCGAGGUGCCCAUUUUCCCCCCAGUUCUGAUGGAUAUGGAUAUCACUUACAUCAUGGACAGCUCUCGCAGUGUCAGCAGCGAAGAGUUUCAGAGAGCCAAAGACUUUGUGAACAACAUGCUAGAUCAGUUUGUUGUUUCCUUACAGCCAAACGAAUCAUACGGAGGCAUCAGAGUGGCACUGGUGCAGCAAGCUCCUAGGGGCUUCCUGCCUGGCAGAAACCAGACACCUGUGGCCUUGGAGUUUGAUCUAGUUACAUACAGCAGUAAAGAUUUGAUGAAGAAACACAUCCAAGAGUCUCUUCACCAACUGGAAGGGCCAUCAGCCAUUGCUUCUGCUCUACAGUGGACAGUCGAAAAUGUAUUCUUUAAAGCCCCCAGACAAAGGAAACACAGGGUCAUAUUUACAAUAGUUGGAAGCAAAACAAGCACGUGGGACAGAGAGAUGCUGAAAGAGAUUUCACUCGGAGCCAAGUGCCAAGGAUUCACUUUGUUCACUCUUGCGCUUGGCAGUGAUGUGAGUGACAAUGAGUUGAUGGAGCUGCCGAGUUCCCCCACAGAGCAGCACUUACUGACACUGGGCAGGGUUUCGGCAGCGGAGAUGGUGUACGCUCAGAGGUUUAGCCGGGCAUUUCUAAAUCUUCUACAGCAAGAAAUGAACAGUUAUCCUUCACCUGAACUUCAAGAAGAGUGUGAAAACUUAGAUCGGGGAGACAUACAACAGCAAGUGUCUGUAAUUGAAAGGAUGCCUUUUCCUGGAAUGGCUGAACUUGGUUCCAGUUAUGGUUUGGAAGACACUGAAAAAACUGAAAGUAGAGUCAUGAAGAGUAUUAAAGAGAACACCAAAGAACUUGUAUACACAAUGCCAGAAAUGAGAUAUGAUUAUGAGGAGAAGAAUGAAUAUGUCACAGAGGGAGCUGCUGUGGGAGAAAAGCCACAAGAGUGUGGAGAAGCUCAGGAGGAGAACAAGGAAAACUUAGGUGCAACAGUAGAAACUAGAACUACCUGUAAUGAUUAUGAUGCAUGUGACCUUGUUCAAGAUAGUGGAGAAUGUCAGAAUUACAUUUUGAAGUGGUACUACGACAAAGAGCAGAAAAUGUGUGGUCAGUUCUGGUAUGGGGGCUGCGGAGGCAAUAGAAAUAGAUUUGAAACACAAGAAGAAUGUGGAUUCUUGUGUAUAGAGUCUUCCUAGUGCAGAGACACUUAAGUUACUUUAAUUCUUCAGUUAGACUAUCAGGGUGAUGCAGAAAAGGGAUUCAAAGAGAAGGCUUUACAUAGCCACUUGGCUCCCAUGUUUC